ACAAUUUAGAAGAGAAGGUUAACGAAAUGUCUGUCACCUUCCAGUUCUUUCUCAUCUCCUGUCUUCCCUUGCUUAUCUUCUUAAUCCUAUUCAAAACACUUUUUUCGUCUUCAAAACCACACGGAAACCUACCACCAUCUCCACCAAGGUUACCAUUGAUAGGAAACCUUCACCAACUUGGCUCCAGCCCACACCGCACCCUCCAAGCCAUGGCUCAAACCUACGGUCCAUUGAUGAUGAUUCGCCUUGGCACCGUGCCAGUGCUUGUCGCAUCCUCUGUUGAUGCAGCUCGAGAGAUUUUGAAAACUCAUGAUUUAGCCUUUUCAAGCAGACCGAAAUCAAAAAUCACUGAUAAAAUUUUCUAUGGCUCCAAAGACAUAGCUUUUUCCCAGUAUGGAGAGUAUUGGAGGCGGGUAAAGAGCAUUGCGGUGAUCCAUCUCUUAACGAACAAAAGGGUUCAGUCGUAUAGGCAAGUCAGAGAAGAUGAGAUGUCUCUUAUGAUUAAAAAGAUUGGUGAAGCCCAUGAAUCGGUGGUUAAUUUGAGCGAGUUGCUUAUUUCACUUACAAAUAAUGUUGUUUGUAGGGUGGCUUUGGGGAGGACAUAUGAUGGGAAGAAAUUUAAGGGAUUAUUAGAAAGGUUUUUGGUGUUGUUGGGAAGUUUUACUGUUGGGAGUUAUAUUCCAUGGUUAAGGUGGGUAGAUCGGUUGAGUGGAUUAGAGGGAAGAACGAACGAGAUUGCUAAACAAUUCGAUGAGUUUCUUGACGGUGUUAUUGAAGAACAUGUAAAUAAAAAAGUUGUUGGCGUUGAAGCCCAAGAUGUCGUUGAUAUCUUACUAGAAAUUCAAAGAGAUAGUAUGAAGGGAUUUCGUCUUGAACUAAAUGAGAUUAAAGCUAUCAUCUUGGACGUAUUUGCUGCUGGAACUGAUACUACGUUUACAAACUUAGAGUGGGCAAUCAGCGAGCUAUUAAGACACCCGCAAACAAUGAAAAAACUGCAACAGGAGGCACGGGAAAUAGGUCAUGGAAGAUCAAUGAUCACCGAAGACAACUUAGAUAACAUGCCGUACCUAAAAGCCGUUCUCAAAGAAACCCUACGGCUACACACUCCGAUCCCACUACUUGUUCCUCAUGAAUCGACACAAGAUGUCAAACUACUUGGCUACGACAUCACAGCAGGAACACAAGUGAUCAUCAAUGCAUGGGCGAUAGCAAUGGAUGGUUCCGUAUGGGAAGAACCAGAUAAAUUUAGGCCAGAGAGGUUUUUGGACACUCCUAUUGAUUACAAAGGGUUUCAUUUUGAGCUGAUACCAUUUGGUGCUGGGCGGCGAGGGUGUCCUGGUAUUCAGUUUGCCAUGGUUGUUAAUGAGCUUGUUUUGGCUAAUUUGGUGUAUAAGUUUGAUUUUACAUUAACUGGUGGAGAGGAUUUGGACAUGAGUGAGACCAUUGGUCUUACUGUUCAUAAGAAGUGUCCUAUUCUUGUUGUAGCAACUCCUUGUGUUAAUUAGUAGUUGAUGGCUGUUUUGGUUUGUUUGAGUGGACUUUGAGAGGUUAUGAAACUAUAUACUAAUUGAACGUCUUUAGCAUAUGCGAAACCUAUAUGUACGGAAAAUUGAUAAGUUUUUAUUUAUUAUACAAGUGUAACAAUAUUUUUCUUA